ACAAAUUUCCCCUUUUCACCGUCACCAUGGAGACUGCCGCUUCAAGGGAAGCAGGAACGUUAAAAAAGAAACGAAAUCGAGCGCACAAAAAACCCAAACCGGAAGGAAUUGCGGUUGAAAAAGAGAAUAAUCCACCAACGCGCCCUACCGCAGCGAAAACUGUCCCGGAGUCUGAACCACGGCCAGCCAUUGGUGCGGCUGAUACUGCUGAGCUUACCCGCAAACCAAGUCGUCGCCGUAAACGCAAGCCAAAAGGUGAAAAACUAGAGCCAGAAACAGAGCUGCAAACGAUAACGGUUGAGGAAUUAUUUCCUCCCGGGACGAUUGUUACCCAAACGGUGGGACCAACAGCAACGCAAAAGCGUGUUGAUAUUGUACCGGAAAACCUGUCGAAUUCCCCUCACCCUCCUAUCGAAAGGAAGAAGUACGCGAGUAUUACCGACAUUGGACCACGGGAACUGUUUCCGGUGGCUAACGAACCGCAAACGGUCGUACAAAACUUAACGUUGGACGAAAUUUUUCCCGGUCCAGAUUUGUUCCGGUUUGAUGCUGGUGCUACAAUUCCUGGGAAAUUAACAUUCGGUGAAUUUCACACAUUGAAUUCCACCGUUACGGAAACGAAAACUAUCAAACGAACGAUUGAAUACGAUCGGCAAGGUUUGCACGAUAUAUCUGCGGAAGAGAUUUUUCCCAGCUGUUUGUUAAUUGGAUUGAAAACAAUUCCGGAGCAAUCGGUAACGAUGAGUGGACGGCCAGCCGCGGCAGCACCCGCUGCUAAAGCGGAGAAAACACGCGAAGAAAUUCUCGCCGAGCGGGAAGCGAAAAAAGCGGCCAAACUUGCGGCCAAAACUAAGAGCAAGGAUAAAGAAGCAACUCCAGCACAAGGUAAACCGCAACAAACAGCAACGCCCUCGGCAAAAGCGAAGGAACAACGGUCGAUCAAACCGAAGGCUGAUCCUAUCGCACCGUCUGAGUUGAAAAAAUCCAGCACUGACGCUAGCAUUUGUGAAAAGAUGAAAGAUUUGCAUAUAAGUGAUGGUGCAGGCACUUCCGGUGAAAAGGUGGAAAAGAAAGAACUAACGAAAGCGGAACGUAAGGCACUGUUCGAAGCACAGAACCCUUCGCUUGCCGGAUCAGCAACAGAAGAUGGGACAAAACCUGCCAAACCAACGCUAACGAAAGCGGAACGUCGAGCAAUUCAAGAAGCGCAACGAGCUGCCAAAGCUGAAUCGCAGCAAAAAGCCAAGAAACCGGCAGCCGUUGAAGGGAAACCGGAACCGAAAAAAGUUCCAAAAGCGAACAGUGAACCCACUGCAGCAAAAACAAAAUCUCCGCUGAAGAAGGCUGCUCCGAAGGGUGCUGUUGCCACGCUCGGGGCUGGUGGAGGUGCCCUACCACGGAAGCACAUUGUUAAUUUGUUUAAUCACCUGCAUCAGCCGAAGUUUGCUGCGACGGAAAUUGUCAACUCGCCUGUACUGCAUCCGGCCGUCACGAAGCUUGGCAUACAGUAUGCGAAGGGUGCGGUCGUUGGUUCGAAGGCACGCUGUCUCGCGCUGCUAAAGGUACUGAAUCAACUGAUCCAGGAUUAUGAAACGCCGCCGGAGAAAGAGUUUGGUCGCAGUUUUGAGGAAAUGUUGAAUGUGUCCGCGAAUCAUCUGCAACGCUGCCGGCCAUUUUCCGUCUCGAUGACAAACGCCUUGCGGCACAUUAAGAUGUACGUCCGGCAGCUGGACGGGAAGGUGUCCGUGUCAGAGCAGAAAGAGUGUUUGCUGGAAACGAUCGAAUCGUACAUCCGGGAUCAGAUCGAGAAAGCGGAAGAGGCAAUCUGCUGCUCAGUGCAGGACAAGAUCUGUAAUGGUGAUGUUAUUUUAACCUACGGAUGCUCCUCGCUGAUUAAACAUAUCCUAGAGGAAGCAAUUCGUCGGCAGAAAAUCUUCCGCGUAAUAAUCGUAAACGCACGACCACGGCAGGAAGAAAACGCAAUGCUUGAGGAGCUCGUUCAACUGGGCGUUCGCUGUAUGUGUGUGUUGAUCAAUGCGGUUAGCUACGUAAUGCCGGAAGUGACGAAGGUGUUGCUCGGUGCGCAUGCCCUCCUCGCGAAUGGGUCCGUAAUGAGCCGCGUAGGCACGGCACAGAUUGCGCUGGUUGCCAAAUCCUACAAUGUGCCCGUACUGGUUUGCUGCGAAACGCACAAAUUCACCGAACGCGUGCAAACGGACGCGUUUGUGUAUAAUGAGAUUGGCAAUCCGAAUGAUCUCGUUCUUGCACCACGCACACGCGAUCAUACCGAGGCAAAACCGAUGCUAGCCGAUUGGGAAACGAUCACCUCACUAACAAUUCUUAACCUGCAUUACGAUGUAACGCCACCGGAGCUGGUGACGGCCGUCGUUACCGAGGUGGCAAUACUGCCCUGUACUAGCGUGCCGGUCAUUCUGCGCAUCAAACCUUCCGACGUUACGUACUAAA